AUGUUGUGGAUUACUAGUAUUCUGGCUUGCCUCUGCCUUCUGGUGGUCAUUUCCAAUGGACAAGGGCCUGCAGCUUCACCAUCAAAUACACCUGCCACUGUUACCACCCCGGUCGCACCAACACAGCCACCACCAGCCACCCCGGUCGCACCAACACAGCCACCACCAGCCACCCCUCUAUCCUCCCCAUCCCCUAAAACCCCUCCGGUUUCUAGCCCAACGGUCCCACCACCUCAAAUUCCACCACCACAACCACCAGUGAGUCCUCCUGUCGCUAGUCCAACUACUCCACCACCGUCAUUGCCCUCCCCAACACCACCGCCGGUUGUUUCGCCACCUGCAUUACCGCCUGCUGUGCCUCCACCAAAAGUGUCCCCAGCACCAGCAACGCCACCGCCAGCACCAACUCCUCCCCCACCAGCACCGGCUCCACCACCACCAUCACCAGCUCCAGCACCAGUUACCCUUCCACCAGCCCCAACACCAGACAUGAGUCCCUCACCUGCACCAGCUCCUAGACACCACAAGAGAAGAAGGCAUAAGCACAAGAAACAUCAUGCCCCAGCACCGGCACCAGUGGCUAAGAGCCCACCGGCACCACCAACAGCCACAGACUCCGAUGACACAACACCAGCACCGGCACCAACACUUGAUCUGAGUAAUGGAAGAACCCUGUUCCAACAGGAAGGAAGAUUUGGAACACAGGUUGGCACCGGAUUUAUUAUCGCUGUUCUACUGGUUCUCAUGAGUUAACUUCUUAAGAUACUCCUUAUCAAAUAUUGGAGAUUGUUACUAUCCACAUUUUUCUUUAUAUUAAUUCUCCUAUUAUCAAAUACAUUUUCCACU